AUGUAUGGUAAUAUAAUAAUGAUCAUACCCGUUGCAGGCAUACGCCGUGAAAUGAUGAUGCUUCGGAUAAAGAAUGGUCAAAUCUUCACGAUUUGUCGACGUCGACUGUCACUGUCCCCGGUACAACGACGAGAAGAAAUCGACUACAACGAUCCGAAGCAAGUGGCACUUCAUAAGCUUUAUCGGCCUGAAAGGGUGACACCAAAGGAAAAAGGCUACGAUCUACUGAAAAAUGCUAGGUUAAAUAAGGGAAUGGCGUUCUCCCUCUACGAACGGCAUUAUCUUGGAAUUCACGGUCUCCUCCCGCCGGCAUUCAUGACGGAAGAACAGCAAGCCUACCGUGUUAUGACGAAACUUCGAGAAACAAACGACAAUCUAUCCAAGUAUAUACAACUGGACGAGUUACAAGACCGCACUGAGAAACUCUAUUAUCGGGUUCUUUGUGACAAUGUCAAAGAGCUGAUGCCAAUAGUAUACACACCAACUGUUGGGCUGGCUUGCCAAAAAUUCGGAGCUAUCUAUCGUCAUCCGAAGUGGGUCAAAACUCUUUUCUCGUUUGCGUUAUCUUUGCUUUGCAUGGGCGCUACU